CUUCAGUAAACCUUUUUGUUAUCUAUUUCCCCCUCAUUUUUCUCCGGCAUGGAGGAGCUAAGGUCAGUGGUACCCGACACCCUGAAGCAGAGAAUCGGAUUGAGCACGCCCGGUGAUCUUCAUAUGUCAUGUUCUUUACUCCUCCACUUCUUUCGUCAACUUCCUCAGUUUCACCAAUUUGGUAGGGAAUUAAGGGACCCAGAAACGGCUCUAUUCCGCAAGAAUAACGACUCUGCAUUGGAAUUGAAGCGCCAGGGCAAUGAUUGUUUCUCCAAAAGAGAUUACCCUGAUGCUUUGCGUUUCUAUUCCCAGGCAUUGCGUCUUGCUCCAUCCGAUGAUGCUGAUUGCAUGGAAAAAAAUCUGGUAGCGACGCUGUAUCUGAAUCGUGCAACUGUAUUCCAUAAAAUGGGUCUUCAAGUGGAGUGCCUACGAGACUGUGAUCGAGCUCUUGUUAUUUCUCCAAGCUAUGCAAAGGCAUGGUACAGGAGAGGUAAAGCAAAUGCUGCUUCCUUAAAUCAAGAAGAUGCAGUUCGUGACUUGACCAUUGCCAUGAACAUGCAAUUGUCUUCGGGUGGAAAGGAAAAGAUAGAAAGUGAGCUAAAGUUAAUCAUAGGCCAGCAAAAGGGAAGUAGCAGUUCACUAUACAAAACUUAUGAGAACAGGUCUUCUGUUACAAAUGAGCCACAAAUAAAACUGCAGUGUGUAAGGACGCCAGCAAAAGGAAGGGGUGUGGCUUCUCUUAAUGACAUUCCUCAAGCUUCUUUAGUUCAUACGGAACAACCUUAUGCUGCGAAGCAAGUAGGAAUCCAGUGGAGUAGGCUGGGAAGACUGCAGAUAGAAGCUAUUACUACUAUUUCUCUUUAUGUUGGAAUGCCUAUGUGAUCAUGUUUUGAUGAUGUUAUGUUUAGGAAUGUAACUUUAU